AUGAACCUUGCCAAAGAUGAGCUUAUUGAUCUUAGAACUAAGUCCUUGCUAAAAAUGGAUUUCGAUUCAAAAACACUCGGAGAGUUCUGGUCUUCUGUGAAAGAAGCCUACCCAUUGCUUGUAAAGCGAGCUAUUUCAGCUAUAAUUCCGUCAGCUACAGUGAUGAAACGAGUAAAAGAAAGUGGUGCGUCAUUUAGAAAGAAAAGGAAGAGAAGGGAGGAAAUACAGACUAAAAAUACUGGAGCACUACUCAAAUAUAUCUCCCAUAAGUCAACUUCUAGUUCUUUUAGUAUUGUUGCCUCAAAUACGGGCGAAGAAGCAGCCCUCGAAGGCGAAAAAACAUUUUCCAAUGUUGUUCAAGAGGAAAGACCUGCUUCACACACUGGCGAAGAAGUAGAAAGUUCAUCAAGUUCUGAUGAAGAAUCUGCUGCACAAAUUAUUCCGUCUAUUUCUAUGAAAGAUAUUGGAUUAUGGCCUAACAAAAUUGACGACAAUACAAGAGUAUUUCUGGUACGUCAAGGUCCCUUUGCAAUUCAAAAUUUGGACGCCGACUUCAGCGAAGGAGUAAAACGUCCUAAUAAUACAAUCAAAGCCAAAGGUGAAACAAGAAAACUGAGUCAGGACUGGUUUUUUCAAAUUUUGCCUAAUGGCGAAAAGCUCUUAAGAUCGUGGAUGGUAUAUUCACCAUCGAAGAAAAGUAUUUAUUGUUUCUGCUGCAAACUGUUUGAUAAUCUUUGUCAAGCAGGUUUUAAUACGGAAAAUGGUUUUAACAAAUGGUGGAAACUUAAUCCCAAAAUUAGUCAACAUGAGGUGAGUCCACUGCACAUUCGAUCAUAUUCCAAAUGGAAGGAAUUAGAAAUAAGACUUGGACGUGGCGCAACUAUUGACAAACUACAACAACAGAAUAUUGAUAAAGAAAUAAAAAAAUGGAAGGAAAUUCUAACAAGAAUACUUGAUAUAAUUAGAUUCUUAGCAAAACAAAAUUUGGCGUUUCGAGGACAUCGUGAAAGUGUUCAUCAGGAAAACAUCGAUUCAAUGGAAAAUAGAGGAAAUUUUCUUGAGCUUGUUGACUUAUUGGCUAAGUACGACCCAGUAUUACGAGAACACGUAGUAAAAAUUAAGAUGGGUAAUAAAUAUAGUAUCUCUUAUUUGUCGCCGAAGAUCCAGAACGAAUUCAUAGAGCUAUUGGGAGGCGCAGUCAGAAAAACAAUUAUGGAUCAAAUAAAGCAGGCUAAAUACUUUUGUAUUAUAUUUGACAGCACUCCUGACAUUUCACACAAAGAUCAAACCAGUCAAAUUAUUAGAUAUGUAGUUAUUGAUGGUAGCGAAGUUAAAGUUGUAGAAUCGUUUAUUGACUUUGUAGAAACUAAAGGAAAAACUGCUGGUGAAAUCACAGAUAUGAUUUUAACGAAAUUAGAAAAUGACGGUUUAGAUAUAAAAAAUUGCAGAGGACAGGCUUAUGAUAAUGCUGCCGUCAUGGCAGGAAAGCACAGCGGUGUUCAAACUCGUAUUAAAGAAAUAAAUCCAAAUGCAGAAUUUGUAGCAUGUACAAAUCAUUCUUUAAACCUGGCAUGUUUACACGCAGCUUCUACAGCUAUCAAUUCCAUCACAUUUUUUGGAACUAUCGAACAGUUGUUUUCGUUGUUUUCUUCUUCCACUCAUAGAUGGAAUGUUUUACUUUCUGUCACUGGUCAAGGUGUUAAACGCAGUGUAGAAACUCGCUGGAGCGCUAGAGCUGCCGCGGUAACUAUAGUAAAAAAACAUUUUUUUUACAUUUUAAGCGCUUUGGAAAAAUUGACAUCUGAAGAAGAAAAUAGUAAAACGAGAUCAGAUGCUGGAGUAUUACUCAAUUCUAUGCAAUCUUUUUCUUUUCUAUGUUACCUUCAUUUAUGGGAACCCGUCCUUUUGGAAAUUAAUGACGCUCAAAAAUACCUGCAAAUAAAAGGGUUAAAUGUCCACCAAUGCCAUAUAAAACUAAAUUCUUUGCAAACACAUUUCAUGGAACAAAGAGAUACGCUAGUACAAAACGCUGUUAUAGCAGCCAAAAUAAUUUGUGAAGAGUUGGAGAUAUCGACUGAGCGUCGAGUUAGAAGGAGAAAAAAUAUGAGUGGGGAAAAUUCGCGAGACGUGGGGCUAUCCUUAGAAGAAGAAGUACGAAGAGAAAUGUUUUCAUCUAUGGACAGAAUUAUAAAGGAAAUAAAAGAACGCUUCGAUCAGUUGCAUGGCCUUGUAAGAAAAUAUUCGUGUAUAAUACCGUGUAACCUACUAAAUGAAGAAUUUGAAUGUCAAAUAAAUGACUUGAUUGACAUUGAUAAAGAACAGUUCCAUAUUGAAAGAAAAAGGAUCCAGGUUUUUAUGGCUGUACCUACACUAAAAGAAGAGGCAAAACAUUGGAAAAACGGGGAGAAGGGCCCUCUUGAUCUGCUAAAAUUUAUUCAGCAGUAUAGACCUGUAUCCAAAUCUCAACCUCCAAAAACAUCUGGAAUGACAUCCCCAGAAAAGUCUGGUCCUGCCUUAAAGCAGCGUCCAAAUAUAAAGUUACCACCUAGCCUAAAACCAGCUGCUGUUGAAACGGUAACUUCUGUGAUCAUCAAUGCUGCACAAAGUAGCAUACCAAAAACAUCAACUUCUCGUCCCCGGCAUAGCAAGCCAUGGUGGACAGCUGAAUGCUCCGCAGCUCACAAAGAGAAGAACAGGCUAUGGAACAUCUUCUGUCACUAUCCUACAUUAGACCAUCUUAUCGAUUUCAAACGAGCUAAAGCGAUUGCACGCAGGAUUCGGCGCCAAAGCCAGAGAGAAUCGUGGUCACGCUAUGUUUCAUCCAUCACAUCUACAACAUCUCCCAGACAAGUCUGGUCGAGGGUCAAGAGAGCGAAUCGUGUCUACCGUGAAUUCCAUCUUCCGGUAUUUGAUAUAAACGGUAUCACACACUCUGACCCCGUAGGUGUGAAUAACAUCUUGGGUGAAACGUUUGCUGGUGUAUUUAGCACUGACAGUUACAGCUCAGCUUUCCAAGCUCACAAGCGUAGAGUUGAAGCCCAGACGCUGUAG